CUGUCUCUGGGUGCUACUUCAAUGCAGCAGCCUUUCGGGAAAAGACUUCUCCUGCCCUCUCCAGCAGGGCUGUGUGAUAUCCAAGCCUGCCCACCAGUAGUUUUACUAAAUAAUUCAUUAUGCUCCCAUGAUAACUGAAGUAUAAGGAGGGGCUUGAUUUAAUUUACUGCCUGCUUCAAGCCAAUCGGGCGGUAAGGCUGCAGUAGAACCGGGUGACAGCAAACCCUGCUUGUAUGCUGUGAAUGUGAAAGAGAAGCAGUUCCGUGUGCGGGUUAAGGGGAAAGGAUUGGAUCCAGGAGAGCCAUUGGAUUAAGAGACUGGCCAGAAGGUAAGAUUCAAGUGCGGAUCUGGAUUGUCCAGAGGAUUAAGCAGCACAGUGCAGACCUUGUGUGUAAAACUACCUUGGGGAAAGCAAGUGUCCUUCUGCCCACUGUACAACUAGUGACAGAACAUCUCUUCCAACAAGGCAGCAAGAACUCCAAAGGCUCUUUAGACUCUUCCACUGUGUUGUUUUGUCUUACCUGAGUAUUCGGGAAACAGCCACAAUGAAUUUCCUGCGAAGGCGCCUCUCAGAUAGUAGUUUUGUGGCCAACUUGCCAAAUGGUUACAUGAUGGACCUUCAGCGUCCCGAUAAUUCCACCAGCAAUCCUGUUUCCCCAGCAACAGAGAGGAGGCAGCAGCCUGUACAGCAACCUGCUUCUGUUUCUUCUGGUACCAGCAUCUUUAGUUCCAUCUCCAGUGCCAUGAAGCAGACCACGCAAGCAGCUGCGGGGCUCAUGGAGCACACAGCAAGCCCUACCCCUGUAGUCCAGCAGAAACCCCAAAUCCUAUUGGUAAUUGACGAUCCGCACACUGAUUGGACCCCUCUAAGCCUGACUGAGACUGCAGUCCUAACCUCACAUAUCUGGAAGUCUAAAUAUUUUCAAGGGAAGAAGGUGAAUGGGGAAUUUGAAAUCCGAGUGGAACAGGCAGAGUUUUCAGAACUGAACUUGGCUUCAUAUGUAGGCACUGGCUGUAUGGUGGACAUGCAAGUCAUAAGGAAUGGCACCAAAGUGGUCAGAUCCUUCAAGCCUGACUUUGUUCUCAUCCGGCAGCAUGCUUACAGCAUGGCACUAGGAGAGGACUUCCGCAGCCUCAUCAUCGGCCUCCAAUAUGGCGGAGUCCACAGUGUCAAUUCUCUUUUCUCCAUCUACAAUUUUUGCAGCAAGCCCUGGGUGUUCUCUCAGCUAAUUAAAAUCUUCAACUCUCUGGGUCCUGAGAAGUUCCCUCUUGUGGAGCAAACCUUCUUUCCAAGCCAUAAACAGAUGCUCACAACUCCAGCUUUCCCUGUUGUCGUCAAGCUGGGACAUGCUCAUGCUGGAAUGGGGAAGGUGAAAGUUGAGAACCAGCUUGACUUCCAAGACAUCGCAAGCGUGGUAGCCAUGGCCAAAACAUACGUCACGACGGAGACUUUCAUUGAUUCCAAAUAUGAUAUUCGAAUCCAGAAAAUUGGCAACAAUUACAAAGCUUACAUGAGGACAUCGAUCUCUGGAAACUGGAAAGCAAACACAGGUUCUGCCAUGUUGGAACAGAUCGCCAUGACUGAGAGAUAUCGACUCUGGGCAGAUUCCGUUGCAGAGAUGUUUGGAGGCCUUGACAUCUGCGCAGUCAAAGCUGUCCACAGCAAGGAUGGAAAAGAUUAUAUAAUUGAGGUGAUGGACAGCUCAAUGCCUCUGAUUGGGGAGCAUGUGGAGGAAGACAGGCAGCUAAUUGUGGACCUGGUUAUCUCCAGAAUGACGCAAGCCUGCCUGAGUGUGGGGCCGUCCCCUUCACCUCUGCGGCCUUGGCCGAAAUCACAGAUGCAGACUCAGGCAGGACCCCAGCUUGGACCACUUUCCCAACCCCGACCACCUCCUCAAGGGGGUCCACGCCAGCCUCAGGGAUCACAGCCAGCCCGGACAGGAACUCCACCCCAGCAAAGGCUCUCUCCCCAGGGUCAGCAACCUCUGAGCCCCCUGUCCACCUCACCACAGCAACAGAGGUCUCCUGGAUCUCCCCAGCAAACUAGAUCAUCCGCUGGAAGCUCACCAAGCCAACCUUCCAAACCAGGCACCUUCCCCCCACAGCAGCCUAGACCUCCAGCCCAAGGACGGGCUCCCAGCCAGCAAGGCUCCGGCGAACCAGCCAGGCAGCAGGCUCCUCCUCAUCCUCAUCUAAACAAGUCACAGUCCCUGACAAACACUUUCAGCCUCUCAGAAUCCUCACAGCGGGGAAUAGCCAAUGAAGACGAGGCAAAAGCUGAAACCAUCCGCAACCUGAGGAAGUCGUUUGCUAGCCUCUUUUCCGAUUAAUCUCUGCACAUCAAGUGAGAGCAAUGGGGGGGGGGAGUUACUUUUGCGGAUUCAUUCUUUUCUGUGUUUACCUUGAAAUUGCCCAGGAGCAUCUAGAGUAGUUUCUUGUAAAACCUAUUCACAUGGACAGCAAAAAAAGGGGGGGUCUUGUGCGCCCACCCAUACUCCAGGCCCCCCUCCCGCCUGCAUACAUUCCCUAUAACAUCAGAACAAAGGCCUGCUAUGCACAUUCUUCACUCCCUAGCUCAGGUUUGAGGAGUAAAGGCUACAUAUCUGGCAGUACAUGUGAAGUUCUUCAAACUUCUAAAACUGCUAUUUAGGCUAGGAGUGAGGAAUAUUUUUUUUCAUCAAGAGCCACAUUCCAUUGGAGGCAGUAUUAAUAAUGGCACUGUUGUCCUUUUCUCUGCCACCCUUUUUGCUGAUUCCUCCCCCUACUCCCACCCCUUAGCAUCCACAUUUAGGCCAAGGUCUGAACAUGGACCUUCGGCCACAGGCUUCCGAGCAGACAUAUGUAUGGAUGAGAGCCUGUGGCAGGUGGGGUGAACUGCUGCUGUUCAUUCACCUUACGAAUGGCGCUGUGUGUGCAUACAAGUUCAGAUUCUGCAAACAGAAUCCCUUAAAGCUGUCUUUCUGGGUGUCCUUUUCACAGCACCUUAAGCACCAGUGUUUUAGUUUAAUCAAUUUGAAGGCUCACAGCACUGACUUUUUUUUAAAGAACCUCUGCUAUGCAACAAGCUUUCCUACAUAAACUCCAAUGGAACCAGAACCAUCGCUCCACGCCCAAAAGUGAUAACUUUUCAGUGUAUAAUUUUUAUAUAUUAUUGCAAAGCAAGCUUUUUUUGACACAGAAGUGAAAUCUUCUUGGCUGGCAGAUUUUUUAAAAAACAAACCUUACAGAAUUGUUAACCAUGUCCCAAACACAUUAUUAAAAAGAGGCAGAGCAAUUUUCAGGGCCCUGCUAAAGUGGUUGACAGCCAUCUGUAAUUUAAUGGCUGUCAAACCUUUGGAUGGGAGAUCCAACACAUCCGUGGACAUAGCAUAUUAGCAUUGCAAGCUUCUCAUAAAUGUAUUUUAAGAUAGGGAGCAAUUGGAAAUCUUUGAACCACACCUGGAAUAGUCAUUCCUGUAACUACAACAACUGAGUUCUAUGAUGUGGCUAUCAUGAAGUAGAUCACUUCCCAUUUCAGCACUCUAAAUUAGAUUGAAGUUGCAUGAAGUCACACCAUGCACCCAGCUCACUAAUCCCAACGUGUGGCUCACUCAGUUUUAAAACAAGCUGAAUAUGCAAUUCUCCUGCAGAGCAUUACUAAUAGCCAAGCCCACAGAUCUCAGUCCCGGUGCUACUUUUCAUGCACUCUGCAAAGUCUGCCAUAUGGUGCAUCACAUUACAUUGGGGAAACACUAAACAAAGCAACAGACAUCACAAGCAUUUUAAUUUUAACAGCAAUCUGGAUUGCAUUGAGACUUUGAAGAAUAAUUCAGCAUUUGGAAAUACUAAUGGCUACGAUCCAGAAACUUGCUGUUUAUAAAAGAAGGUUUUGUGUUGUCUCGUUAGGCACAGCACUAGCCCAUGUUAUGCUGGGCUCAAUGUUCAUAAUGACCUGAUCUCAAAGGCUUUUAUUUUCUUCAAAAUGUCUUUCCAACAAAGCCAUGUUUAACUCCAACUUUGCAAUGUCAUGAAGCACAGCAAUAUAACUCUGACUAUUCUAUCCCUUGACUGAGCUGCUUGGACCUUUUGACCUCAAAAUUUUUAUGAAUACAGAAGCCGAAAUCAGAACAGUCUUGUCCUCUGGAGAUUGCUAGCGCGGGGCUUUUCCUGCACCGCUACAAGGGAGUGUUAAGAUCCAUUGCAAGCAAGUUACUGCAUUUUAACCUACCUCAAAACGAUACAAUAAUUCACAUAUUAUUCAGUGCAGAAAGGGCUGCUAUAGAAAUGAGGGCCACCAACAGGCCACCUUAUCCAAAAGGGGGGGGGGCAAACUACACCAGUGGAAUAGUAUUGCUUAGGAGAAAGCCCUCCUAUUUUUUCUACACCCAGUGUAUGGAGCUGCAGAUGGGCCUGGUGGAAACCUGCCACUAUACAGUACCAGAAGACUCUUAGAAGUGUAUCUGGAAGGCACUUGUUGUUUGGUAGCACAUCAGAACUAUACUGCUAUAUUUAAGCACUGGUUUGGGCAUGUUCUCAACUGAAAACAUUUUAAGUUGCUUAUGGCACUUUACCCCAUUGUAAGCUAAAAUUAAGUUUAAAUAUGUGCUCACAAGUUUAACAACCCAGUAGCACUCUGCCUCACCAAAGCUGUACAAGUAUCAAGGGCCACUUCUAACCUUUAACACAGCAUGCUUGGAAAUACUGUGACAUCCCUAAACCUUAAUUGGGCGAUUGCUUGAGCAAGCUUAGCGAAGUGAAAAGCAAUACAACUAAACUAGAAACCUCAUUCUUAACAGAGUACACAUUCUAGACACACCCAGAAAUCAUACCAUUAUGGGAUGUGUAUCUAAAGCUGCAAUCAGUAAAAAAAAAAAAUGCUUUCUUUCUCUCACACAGCAUUAUGUGAAGCCUUAUUUAAACCCAAUCAAACAAAAGAAACUUGGGACUUUACAGUAAAUUGGCUUAUUAAUCAGUGCAUCUGAAUCAGCUGAAAACAUUAGAUUAAGAAAAACCAAUCACCUGUAAUUAAUUCCCCCUUACCAGCCAAUCCCUUUUUCCAGCCAUACCCUCUUUACUCUUGGAUUCUUUGAACACAAAUCAGGUUGACUGGCUCUAUGGAUAGUUACAUCUUUUACUUCCUGUCAGUUGUGUAUGCAAACAUAAAGAACAAGCCACAACUAAGUAUUUUUGCAAAUAUCCCUUGCUUACAAUUGGUGAAAAUAAGUCUUGGGCUCAUUCACCUCUAGUACACAGUGCUCACCACAUUUGACUGUACAGAGUCAGUUCUGUCAUCUUAUUUUAUAAUGCCCUUAAAUGUUCUUUCCUGGUAGAAGAAUCAUUCAAGGCACAAAGGCAAUGUCUUCUUGUCGGUUUUUGGCAUUCUUUCUUACUCAUGGUUAGUUUCUGGGUUGCAUUGUAGCAUGAUGUUAUUCAACUGCCUGUAGUUGAAACUGUUCAAUGUUUUAUUCUUUCAAGUGUAAACAAAAAGACAUUUUUACCUAGUAUUGUUUGUGCAUUGAAGUCCUGAACACCAAGUUUGCUUUUCAAGUAAUAAAAAAGAGAGA